AUGACAAGUGCCCUACCGGCAAUGUCUACAUCCCAAAAGCAUCGCGAUUUUCUUUCGGAGCCGAUUGGAGAAAAAUCCGUGUUUGAAUUACCUGGAAUUGGAGCUAAGCUUGGAGAAAGGCUCGAAAGCAAAGGAUUUAAGUACGCAUACGUCGUACUUGGGCAGUUUCUCUUAAUAAACCGCGACGAAGAACUAUUCAAAGAGUGGCUUAAAGACAUAUGCGGCGCAAAUUCAAAGCAAUCAAAUGAUUGCUUUACUGCACUUCAACAAUGGACUCAACAAUACAUUUUUUGA